CUCCUCCCCGCCGGCGGCUCGUUGGUUCCGAUUCGAGUCCCCACCCCGCCCGCCCGGUUGGUGUUUUUAGGCAGAGGCAGGACAGAUCGAGCGGAAGAAAAACAGAGGCUGCCCGCCCGCCCUCGAUUUCUCGCCUCGAUCCGGAGCGAGGUGAUAUCAUCAAUCAUGGGGAUGCUGUCUCUGAAGCGGCUCAUGAGUACGCGGCAGCGGGAGCGUCGUCGUCGUCGUCGUCACAAAGUCCAAGUCCGCAAUGGAUCGAUUCCUUCCAUGUCUAAAGCGAAGAAGGAUAACUCUCGGCCUGGUAAAAGAUUCAGAGAUUCGUGGCCAAACCUCCCAGCGGACAUCUGGUGCCAUAUACAUUCCCUAAUGCCAAUGCAAGAUUCUGCCCGCGCUGCUUGUGUAUCUCGUGCAUUUCUACAUUCAUGGAAACGACAUCCCAACCUCAUCCUCACUAAGGAAACACUAGGCUUGAAACAAAAUGCAUGUGGAAAGGGUGAUAUAGCAAGGGCCUUCACUAGCAAAGUUGACCAGAUUCUGAAAAACCACUCAGGCACUGGCGUGAAGACACUUGAGCUUGACAUCUUUGAUUGCCGCGAUCUAGACACUUGUUAUCUCAAUAAUUGGCUUCAGAUUGCUAUUACACCGGGGAUUGAAAAUAUCACCCUUUGGCUGCCUUUAAAAUACAGGGAAAGCUACACCUUCCCAUGCUCACUUUUAUUUGGUGGGAAUCGAAGCUCGAUUCGGCAUCUUCACCUCACCUAUUGUGCCUUCCGUCCCACAAUUGGCAUUGGUUGCUUAAGAAGCCUAACAAAUCUGUAUCUGCAUGGCGUGCAUAUCACAGGGGAACAGUUAGGGUGCCUUCUUUCCAAUUCUUUUGCUUUGAAGAAGUUGGAACUCAUAUUUUGCGAUGAGAUCAUCUGCCUGAAGAUACCGUGCAUGCUGGAGCGACUCAGCUGGCUGACUGUUUCUUAUUGCAGAAUGCUGCAAAUGAUAGAGAGCAAAGCUCCGAACCUCUCCACCAUCUACUUUGAUGGUGACCUAGUACAACUCUCACUCGGACAGUCAUUGCAAGUGAAGAACCUAGAUAUGAGAUGUUCAAAUAAUACCAACUUUCUCUGUUACGCUAUUACCAAGCUUCCAUAUAUUGUGCCAAAUAUCGAAACUCUUACCUUAUCUUCAAUUAGUGAGAGGAUUAAUACACCGGUGGUAGCUGCCAAAUUCCUCCACCUCAAGUACUUGGAAUUUUUUCUUGAUGGAGAUCUUUCCCCAGGAUAUGAUUAUUUGUCUUUGGUUUCUUUUCUCGACGCUUCUCCUGUUUUGGAGACUUUCAUCUUGGGUGUAAAUCAGGGUUACAUGGAGUUUGAUUCGAUUUUUGGGGAUGCCUCACAUAUGAGGCAGAUGUCUGAACACAAGCAUGACAGCCUCAAGGAUGUGACGAUCUUUGGCUUCUGCUCCGCAAAGAGCAUGGUUGAGCUAACAUGCCAUAUUCUUGAGAAUGCAACAUCACUGGAAUGUAUCACCUUGGACAGCGUAUUUGAUGCGAAUGACAAAGACGAUAUGGGUAGGUGUUCUGUAACUUCUGCCCGCAAAACCGGUGAAUGCUCCCGACUUACUAAUCAGAUGAUCAUGGAAGCCAAUAGAGGGCUCAUGGCCAUCGAAAGAUACAUCGUGGGGAAAGUUCCCUCUACGGUUAAGUUAGAUGUUCGGGGGCCUUGUAGCUGGUGCCAUACUUUGGAGCUCUAGAUGUCAAGUUAAAUGUUCAAUUAUUGAAUAUUUAGCUAUGUAACAUCGUGCGUGCUGUGCCUUGUUUACUAAGUUAUCAUUAAUAUUACAUGUAUUGUGCUUCCUUAAAACA